UUGCCGUUGCGGUUUGGGACAGUAAGCGAGGCGUCUCUGCAAACAGGUGUGCGACUGCCCGAACAGGCAGACGUAAUACGACUUUUUUUCGUCUUGUUUAGCGGAGGUGGACCUCCAGCACCGGUGUCGAAGCGAUCCAUCCUCGUAGCGGGACAGGGAGAGGAGGGGGAGUCUUCUAUAAUUUUCAGGCGUUGUAGUUGCAUUUGGUCGUUCAAAUAGGGGCACGCGGCUCACAAAGAGGAAGGAAUGGCAACUAAGAAACCAUGCGCGGAUUUAACAAAAAGGAGCCGAAGUCCCGUCGUGCUGGAGGCAGAGAUGUUCAGCGAAUUUCAGGACUGGUGUCUCCGGACUUACGGAGACUCGGGUAAAACAAAGACCGUCACGCGCCGAAAAUACAACAAAAUCAUGCAGACCCUGCUUCAGAACGAGGAGUCCGACGCUGUCUAUGUCGACAACAGCCACAUCAACGCCAAAUUCAAAUUCUGGGUGAAGUCCAAAGGCUUUCAGGUCGGCAGCAACAUCUUGGGCGAGCACAACAAGAAAGAGCCAUCGGGGAAGCCCGUCCUGUACGUCCCUGUCAAGUCAACGUGUUCAGAUGGAGGGGCGGCCCAGGACAGCUCUUUGAAGAGGGUUGCUGUAGUGGAGGAUUUUUUUGAUAUCAUCUAUGCCAUGCACGUUGAGAUGGGGGCAGAUCCUGGUAGAGCACCCAAACACGCCGGCCAGAAAAAGACCUAUAAAGCGAUUGCGGAGACCUACGCAUUUCUUCCACGUGAGGCGGUGACUCGUUUCUUGAUGAGUUGUGGAGAAUGCCAGAAAAGGAUGCACAUCAACCCCAGCACGGCAGAGUUCAAAGAGAAUGACCGGCCCACCUCCCUGGUCCCAGACCUCAUCGAUUACAACAUGCCUCUCACUGCCACCUAUCUAAAACAGAUGAAGCUACAGUGCAUGAACACUAAUGAGCAGGAUGAGAGUUCGGUAAGCAGUGAGGAUUUGGACAUGGCUGAGCCCGCGUGGGUCUCUACUGAGCGUGCUCAAGCCGCAGAGCCUAGCAGCCCCACCGCCCCGUACACAGAGAGGAUGCCUACACCCCCACAGCCCAGCAUUAAAGAGGAAGAAGAUGAUUCCUCUUCAGAGAAUGGCAGCACAGUUAACGGUCUCCCUGCACUGACUCCGCCUGGUGGUGCUGCCAUGGCGACAGGAGGAGUUCCUGCAUCUGAGGGGGUGGUUCCAUACGGAGACGUGAACGGUAAUGGUGCCGCAGCGCCGCUGGACUUCAGCACUACUUCAUCGUCCUCUUCCUCACAGGAGGGACAGCAGUCUGUCAACCUGAGCGACAGACUAUUGCCUGGGGUGACGCUUGGAUCCUACUCAUCUGACCCUAACAGAAAAUUCCCUGUCAAAACUGAGUACGGUAACAAGUCGCCUCAGUACAGCUCAGGAAGCUAUGACUCUGUGAAGACGGAACUGAGCACGUGCGGGGAAGACAUGACCCCGGGUCGCUCUCAGGUCAUAGACGAUGAUGAUGACGAUCACGAUGACCAUGAUGACAGCGACAAGAUAAAUGACGCUGAGGGCCUGGACCCUGAACGACUUAAAGCUUUUAACAUGUUUGUGCGGUUGUUUGUGGAUGAGAACUUGGACCGGAUGGUUCCAAUCUCAAAGCAGCCCAAAGAGAAAAUCCAGGCCAUCAUUGAGUCCUGCAGCCGCCAGUUCCCAGAGUUCCAAGAACGUGCUCGCAAACGGAUCCGAACCUACCUCAAAUCCUGUCGCCGCAUGAAGAAGGGUGGCUUUGAGACACGGCCCACACCCCCUCACCUCACCUCCGCCAUGGCUGAGAACAUCCUUGCAGCAGCGUGUGAGAGUGAAACACGUAAUGCUGCUAAGAGGAUGCGUCUUGACAUCUAUCAGACCCAUGAUGAGUCGGUUACAGCAGACAAGCCAAACUCCAGAGAUCCGGCUGCCCUGGUUAACUCAGGCUUCACACUGGCCGCCACGGCCUACUCCCAGGACCAACUCUACACCAAUGGUGGACUUAAUUACAGUUUCCGUGGAUAUGGGACCAUUGGCAACAACCUCCAAAACAAUGGCACAUCACAAACCAAUGGUCCUACUGAUCUCAGUAUGAAAUCUUUGGCAUCCAACAGCACUUCCUCCUCCAGUUCAAACAGUCAUGGUCAGGGUGGAGGGGGUGGAGGGGCAUCUGCCCAGCUCAGCCCACCCGAGGUCACGGCCGUUCGGCAACUGAUUGCGGGUUAUCGGGAGUCUGCGGCCUUCCUGCUCCGCUCUGCUGAUGAGCUCGAGAACCUCAUACUGCAGCAGAAUUGAGAACUGCACACAGGCUGGUGCUGCCCGUCUCUCUCUCAUAAACACACGUACACAAAAUACAUACUAUGACAGGAAAGAUACAUGUAGCUAUGUGCACUUACAUACACAUACACCUAAAGCCCAUAGGCGGAGUUUCACUUCGCUUGAGGGAAGAAAAAUGGAGGGGUCAGAAGAAGCUGUAUCUGAAGCGCACGUACAGGGUCUAAAAUUGAUAACAUUUACCAGCCAUAAUUUUCUCAGGUUCACUGGCCAUGAACCUGUAUUUUCUAUAUGAAAUGCUACCUCUCAUGAAAACUCUUUUGGUGGCUUAAUUAGGAUUAAUAGUUUAAUAGUUACAGAGGUGGGAAAAAAUAAAUAAAGUUGACAGAUUUUACUUGCAUUCGGCACUGGGCAAGUAUUAUUUUUGGGCUUAUAUACUAUGUAAGGUGCUUUACACAGACUUGUUAAUGCACAUGAGGGAAUAAAUGUACUUAAACAGGAAUUGCAGUCACUAAAAUUAAUGUUUAAUGCACUUGAAGUAGAUUGUUGAUUCACAGCAAACAGUUUGACAAUAGCAAUGUUUACGACUGAGAAGAAGGAUACACUAACUUUGCCAAAAACUAUUUCAAUAAUAAAAAUUAAUUUUAUUUUUUAGAUUUAACUGCGCAAAGAUAAAACAGUUUUGGCUCUAGACACUUGAUUUCCCCUUGCACCCCUCAAACUCCGCCUAUGCUCUUCCUGUAUACCUAACUAUCACACAUUGCUCAUGACAGCUUUAUGUCCAUCAUAGUGUCUUUAUCACAUUUCCUUACCUUUGAGUCCAUCAGGGCUUAAUUCUUUUCGGAGGGCUGAGAUGACUUGUUAAGCAUUGUUUUAUGAUGAUCAGAGAACACAGAGAGGUGUCUGUACGCAUUGUCUUGCAUAGAGCACAACACAGUGAGAUCUAUCAGUCCACCACAGAGAGUCCAGACCUUUCAUCUUUUGAGACAUAAAAGCAGUAAGUUUAGGAGUGAUGCCCAAAACAAACACAAAAUGAUGUCAACUCCUGCAUAAAGUUUACACUAUGGCACAAAAUAUUGCUAUCAGAUUAGAUUCAUGUUUGUCAAUGGCAUCUUGUUUUAUUGAAUUUGAAAAGUUCCUUAGAUGUUUAAAGGUUUAGUUCACCCAAAAGCGCUUCCAUGUUUACGUCUGAAUGCCGCCUCAUUAUUGGCCAACGUUGUUCACAUGAGCACCAUGACGCAUGUAUGUGAGGCUGACGCAAUAGCCAGCGUUCUGACGCAGAACGCGGAAGCUCUGCAAUGUGUCUUCAACGUAAACUGCGUAGGAGAAUGACAGGGUAGAGAGAAAAUAGUUGAAUAAAGUCAUUAUUUUUGUUUUGUUUUUGCGCACAAAAAGAAUUUUCGUCGCUUCAUAACAUCCACUGUAGUUACAUCGACUAUUUUAACGAUGUCUUUACUAUUACUUUUGUAUUUACUAUUUACUUUUCUGGACCUUGAAUGUGGUAAUUAUGUUGCUUUCUAUUGAAGAUAAAAAAAAAAACCUCUCGGAUUUCAUUAAAAAUAUCUUAAUUAGUGUUCUGAAGAUAAAUGAAGGUCUACAACGAAGGUUUGGAACGACACUAUGGUGAGUAAUUAAUGACAGAAAUUUCAUUUUUGGGUGAACUAACCCUUUAAGUUCUUUUGUUACCAUAGGCAUAUCCAUGCAGCAACUUUGCUCCAGAUUUAGCCAUUUUAGAUAUAGAACAGAUUCAAGAGAAAAGGGUUUUUGAAAAAUCUCUUUUAUCCGUUCAAUGCUAAUGAGGUUUGGGGAGAAGGUGCAAUGUAGAUGAUAAUCGUUAUAGUGUGUCAGUGUCUGAAAAUGUAUCAUUUUCAAUCAUAAACACUUUAACAGAUGUCCUUUGUACAUAUAUAUAUAUUCCUCUCAUAUAUAAGAAUUUUCAUCCAAGCUUACACAUGCACACAUAAAAGUCUACUAAAAGAAACCAUGAUUGGUGAGCGCAAAAAAAGAAGAUGCUGAAAUUCUAUUGGCUGGGAAUGUUGGACUUUAUGCAAAUGAAGCUGUGCUGAGUGGAACGCUUCAAACCCUUUCCUACACGCUCGGUUGCCUUGGCAAACCUCCAUCCUCAGCACAUUAAUGCACUGUAGGAAAACAUCUCACAGGAACACAUGGGCGACAUCAACCUCCCAGACAGGAGGGCCGUUAAUGGACUUAAUUAGGAAAAAAAGUAAGGGACAAGGACUGCAUUUCCCAUGCUGCAUUGCGUUGCAAACACAUUCUGUUAAGUUGUGAAUGCUGCUCUUUUUUUCUAACCUCAUGACUUGAGACACUUUCAUCUUCACGGGGACCAAUCAAAACAGAGGGACAUCCUAUUGGCACACAUACUGUAUAUGCACAGUGAGUUUGAGAGAAAGGACCUAAUAUCAGCAGAAGGGAAACGAUGAUGACAUCAUUUCCUUUCUGUUAACAACACCUGAGAGCUUGAGAGGCAGUGAUUGGUGGACUAAGGUAGCAUCAUCCACAGGAACCAAGUGGUACGUAGAACAUUGACGAUGCGAUUCCUCUCUGACACCAGCCUCACUCUUCCUCCUGCCUGCAUUUUCUCGUGUUCACAAAUGCCAUCGUUAAAAAUAACUGUAUUAAAAAAAAAGCAAAAGACAAUCCUAAACAAUUGUGACUUGAUCCCUCGUAAAACAGCAUAGCAGUGUGUGAGAUCUCACUCUGACUCUCUAGCCUUUAGUAGAGUGGUGACAAUACAGGGCCUUCAAGUUUCAAGUCUCGUAGCCAUAGCUUGAACCGUGUCCUCACUCUGCAACUUGAUUAUGUGGAACAGAGCAUUGUCCUCUAUUUAGCUGCAAACACAUCUGUCUUAUCGUUCCAUUUUCGCUUUAUUUGUUGUUUUGUAUUACUUUUUUAUUCCACAAGUAUCUUUUUGUUACUUUACAAAAAAGGUUGCAAGACACUGGCAGUCUGAAGGGAAUCAGUGUUGCGAGUCUCAACAUUCCAAAUGUAAAACACGCAUCUCAAAUUGGUCUCUACGUGACUGAAUAUGACAUCCAAAUCACAAAUUUUGAAGAGAAAAAAAAGUUGCGUCCAACAACUUAGUUUUGAUACGUGGCUGAAAGCCUGUUUAUUACCUCUUACUUGUUACUCUUUGAAAUAGAUUCACUGAUGAACAGAUUAAAUAUGUGCAGGAACAUUAAUUUAUAUUCAGAUGUUACACUUUAUUAAUUAUAAAAUUGGUAGCACUUUACAAUCCGCAAAGGAAAAUGUAUACACAAAAUGGGUCAAAUGCUUAUGGGAUGGAGCCUUAAAACCACCUAUAUGAUCCUAAAUUAUGAAAUGCAGCUGAUCAUUCUCAAGCCAUAAUGUUCUGUGUUUAUUUGCUCUGCAUUUUAAUUAUUUGUUUCCUUUACUCCAUGCAGAAAAAUGUGAGCAGAAGAGAAAUGUUUUUGGGCUUAUUCUAAUUAAUAUGGUGACAACAUAAAAAUAUAUGUGAAUUGAGAGUCCAAAAGUUGUAUCAGGCUAUUGAUCUUUGUUUGCCCUAUUUUUUUGUUCCUUGUUUUGUACCUUUUUGUUCAUAAUUGAUGUUAGAAGAUGUUUUUGGGAGCUCUCUGGACAUCUGAGGUUGGUGAACACAAGACACGUGAAAGAAAAAGGAAAAUGAAAGAAAAGAAAAGCUACAAGUUUUGUUUGUUUUUUUAAACUGUGCAGCUAAAAUCAAAUCAAAUGUGGUAACAACCAUUGCCUGUGAUCUAUUUUAAUUUUGUGGUGCUUUGUAAUAUUAUUAUGAUUAUGGUAUUUUAUUUGUUUUUACUCCUGUACUUACUAGAAACUGAAGCUCAGUUUCUCUUUGUACCAAUGUGAAGCUUUGUAUGAUUUCUUUCUGGUUUUUUGACUCAGUGGAAGUGUGUGAUGUUUACAUGUACAGAAUUUAAGAUUUUUUUUUUCUGUUGUUGCUUUUAUUUUUGUUGUUGUUGGUUUUGUUUGUCCUAGUAAAGCCCCACCUCUUGUCCUGUCGUGACCCCACAACGUGCUUUUUACUUUAAAUCAGAAUGGAGGGGAACACUGAAGGACAUGCUGAACUUAAACCACAGUAAAGGCCUUUGCACACUUUUGUGCGUAAAUCUCAGUAUAUUUAUUUUCUCAUAAGUUAUUGCUAUGAUCCAUGCAAAUGUUUUUUUUUUUUUUUUUUUAAAGAAAAUGAAGUGUGAAUAUUGAGUUAUUAGCUAUGCUUUCGUUUCUUCCUUUGUCAGACAUCCAGCACAAAACAUCUGUGUAAGGGCCUUUAGACGUGGUUGUCACUACUGAUGGUAGAUGCCGAGGACGAGAGAGAGGAGGGACUUAUCAUCAGCUCAAAGGGCACCACUAACAUUCUUCUCCACAAAUGUGGGAGUAAAAUGCCCCCUUACAGUAGUUCCCUUAGUGAUUCAUGCUUGUUCUAGAGAAAAAGCAAAAGACAAAACUCUUGAUGUCAUGUCAUUUUUUAAAUGUUUUAUUGGGAAUAUAGAAUAGGGGCAUCAUGUUUGGGACGGGGUAGAUCCACCCAGCUCAUAAACCAACUGACCUGUGCUCUUUGACCUCAGUCAGAAGCCUCUCAGUGAGUCGGAAAGCCAUUCCCCUUACACUGUUCUUAUGUACGGGGAACAUGCAAACCUCAGGAACCCUUUGGAUCUGUGUUUCUUUUUUAACCAGGUCUGUACGUCUUGGCUGACGAGUCCUCCCUCUCUCCAAUAUCAACCCAAUUAUAUUGGAUUUGCUACGUAUGUGUUUAGUUUGUUUUUUUUAUAUAUAUAUUUAUUGUGAUUUAAAAGUGAAUCCAGUACAUGUGGCUGAAUAUUUGAAUUCUUUAGAAAAGUGUUGAUAAACAUAAAUAUAUAUAUAUAUAUAUGUGAAGCGCCUAAAAGAUGGACAAUAUGGCAGGUAAAAUUCAUUUCUGUUUGUUUAAUGUAAAAAAAAAAAAAAAAUUAAAAAAGAAGAAAAAAAAUUAAAAAGCACAGGUGGGUGAUUUUCCUGCCUUUUACAUAUCACUUUGCAGAGAGACUCAUUCUAAGACAUUUUAAAAUUUUCGGUGUGGUGUCAUCGCUGUGUGGUCAGAGAAAGCACCUGCAACCUGAGUUGCUCUUUCCUCCAGAGCUGUCUGAAUAAAAUCUGUGAACUGAAAUCA